CUGCAUGAACAUCACCGGCUUCCCCAACCCCCGCGUCGUCGGGAUCGCCCUCUCCGGCAAGAAUCUCCGCGGCUACAUCCCCUCCGAGCUCGGCAACUUAGUCUACCUCCGCCGCCUCAACCUCCACAGCAACAACUUCUACGGCUCCAUCCCCACUCAGCUCUUCAACGCCACCUCACUCCACAGCCUCUUCCUCUAUGGCAACAACCUCUCCGGCCAGCUCCCGCCGUCAAUCUGCAACCUCCCCCGCCUCCAGAACCUCGACCUCUCCAACAACUCCCUCUCCGGCUCCCUCGACCCCGGCCUCAAGAAGUGCAAGCAACUCCAAAGACUCCUCCUCGCCGGAAAUAAACUCUCCGGCGAAAUUCCCGCCGGUAUUUGGACCGGCAUGGAAGACCUCCUCCAGCUCGACCUCUCCGCCAACAACCUCACCGGACCAAUCCCGGACGAUCUCGGCAACCUGAAGUCCCUCUCCGGCACGCUCAACCUCUCCUUCAACCAAUUCUCCGGCAAGAUUCCGAAAUCUCUGGGAGAUUUACCGGUGACGGUUAGCUUCGAUCUCCGUAACAAUAAUUUCAGCGGCGAAAUCCCCCAAACGGGGUCGUUUUCGAAUCAAGGCCCAACCGCUUUUCUCAACAACCCUCUCUUAUGCGGUUUCCCUCUCCAGAAAUCUUGCAAAGACCCGGCCCCGACUUCCCCGGGUGACCCGAGCUCCACGCCCGGAUCCAACAACCCGAAAAGAGGCUUAAGUCCGGGCUUAAUCAUCCUCAUUUCCGUAGCUGACGCCGCAGCCGUGGCGUUAGUCGGCUUAGUCGUGAUUUACAUUUUCUGGAAGAAGAAGGACGACUCCAACGGCUGCUCCUGCACCGGGAAGAGAAAGCUCGGCGCGAGCUCCGACAAGGCGCGGCGGUGUUGCUCUUGUAUUAAUGGCGGGUUCGGGAACAACUCGGACUCGGAGCCCGAGCCGCUGGAGAGAGGAGGGAGAGGGGAGGGGGAGCUGGUGGCGAUUGACAAGGGGUUUACUUUUGAGCUGGACGAGCUGCUGAGGGCGUCGGCGUAUGUGUUGGGGAAGAGCGGGUUGGGGAUAGUGUACAAGGUGGUGCUGGGGAAUGGGAUUCCGGUGGCGGUGAGGAGGUUGGGGGAGGGAGGGGAUCAGAGGUAUAAGGAGUUCGCGGCGGAGGUUCAGGCGAUUGGGAGAGUGAAGCAUCCCAAUGUGGUGAGGCUGAGGGCGUAUUAUUGGGCUCCCGACGAGAAGCUUUUGAUCAGUGAUUUCAUUUCCCACGGCAACUUGGCCACUGCAAUUCGCGGGAGAAAUGGUCAGUCUAUAAGCCUCUCAUGGUCGACGAGGCUGAAGAUCUUAAAGGGCACGGCGCGAGGCUUGGCCUAUCUACACGAAUGCAGUCCCCGGAAAUUUGUCCAUGGGGACAUCAAGCCCUCCAACAUUCUCCUAGACAACGAAUCACAACCCUACAUUUCGGAUUUCGGACUCAACAGACUGAUCACCAUCACUGGCAAUAACCCUUCCUCGGGUGGCUUAAUGGGUAGUGCUCUCCCUUACAUGAAAGCUGUUCAAACAGAGCGAGCCAACAACUAUAGAGCUCCCGAGGCUAGAGCCCCGGGGAGUAGACCAACUCAAAAAUGGGACGUUUACUCAUUCGGAGUUGUCUUGCUAGAGUUGCUCACCGGAAAAUCUCCAGAGCUAUCUCCAACUAGUUCUUCGACUUCCAUGGAGAUUCCGGACUUAGUGAGGUGGGUGAGGAAGGGGUUUGAGGAUGAAAAUCCUCUUUCGGAUAUGGUAGAUCCUAUUUUGCUCCAGGAAGUUAAUGCCAAAAAGGAAGUGCUAGCAGCUUUUCAUGUAGCACUUGCUUGCACUGAGCCUGAUCCUGAGGUUAGGCCAAGGAUGAAAACGGUCUCCGAGAAUCUUGAAAGGGUAGGGUCAUGAGGAAACAACAUAGUUUGGUCAUCAAAUUCCAAGAAUUCACCUGAAGUUCCUGGUUCAAUUCGUCUCUCAUGGUUAAUUAUAAUUUUGUUAGGUUGUGGUGGCGUUUAGAUCAAUCUUCUCACUGCUGCCAUCUAGAUUUAUUUUGAAGAUCCAAUUCGUCCCUGACGAACCACAUAAAUUCAUAUUAUUUCUACUUCUGGAAGUAGAGCAAUUUCACAGAGCAUAAUUUUGUUGUAAUUUGAUUCCCAUUGUGAUAAGUAUUUCAGAGUUGGCUAGAUUAUGUAAUUGAAAUUUUUGUCACUCACUGCUGUAUAAUUUGUAAUAAUGUCACU